GUCUUUUAUUUAUUCUUAUCUUUAAAGCGACUCUCGGGUCAUUUUCACCUUUCCUUUGUGUUGACCAUCAUCAAUCAUGGCCCAAUCAUCUCCUGGUGUUAGCUGAAUACAGGGAGAGCCUGUCAUCAGCAGAUGCGGGGUGCCCCUUUAUCACCCAUCGUCCCUCAAGUGUAGAGCUCAGUCUCACCGUAAAAUGCCAGCAGGAUCCCUGCGCCUCCUCCUCCUCGCCCUCCAGCUGGCGCGCGUCACCCAGCUGGCAACCGCGCAGGGCACAGGAUCGGCGGGGAAACAGGAUGGUUUGGAUGCGAUGUUCAAUCUGAGAGACUUACCCCGAGCUCCGGACUUGGCUCCGCGCAAGAAGGCGCCGCAGUUCAUGUUGGAUUUUUUUAAAGCGGUGUCAGACACCGAGGGGACCCCGAGGAGCCAGAAGGAGAUUCUGGAUGGAACCAUAGUGCGCAGUUUUGAGGACAAAGGUCCUAACAGGGAGAGGUUCCACUUCUUCAACUUGUCGUCUUUUAGCAGAGAGGAGAUCAUGAUCAAAGCUGAGUUCCGCUGGUUCAGAAAGAAACAGAACUUUCACUUCGGAAAGUUUCAUGGUCCUCAUUUCUAUAAGGUGGAUCUAUAUGAAGUAAUUGAUAGCGGAGUGAAACCAUGGAGAGGAAACCUCAUCACUUCCAGACCGGUGCCCCUCUACACACAAGGAUGGGAAGUCUUCAAUGUCACUCAAAUGGUAUCUAAGUGGAUCCAGAACAGUCAAGAAAAUAAAGGUAUACUUGUGGUGACCACGUUCCCAUAUGGUAGCUGGAUGGAGUCAAUGGUGUCCUCUUCCAAGGAGGCCAGAGAGCUGACAGACACAAGUGCCUAUCUGGUCAUAUUCUCAGAUAAUGGGAGGACAGGAGCAAACCAGUCGUAUAUGGCCUGUUGGUCUCCUGCAGAACAAGCCCAACCUGCAGCAGCUCCUGAGCCCCAAGACCACCUCAGCAGGAGGCGACGUGAGUCCUCCGGUUUCUCGCCCCGCGGCCGCUCCUGCCAUCGGGUCCCCCUGUUUGUUGACUUUGACGAGAUCGGCUGGUCCGGAUGGAUCAUCUCUCCACGUGGAUACAACGCCUACCACUGCAAAGGCUCCUGCCCCUUCCCACUGGGAGUGGGCCUCCGAGCCACUAACCACGCCACCGUGCGCUCCAUCAUGCAUGCGCUCAAGGUCUCCAGCGAUGAAGUGGGAGCGCCCUGCUGUGUGCCUGACAGACUCCAGUCCAUCAGUUUGCUGUACUUUGACGAUGAGGAGAAUGUGGUUUUAAAGCAGUAUGAUGACAUGCUGGCGUUAAGCUGUGGCUGUCAUUGACUCCUGCACUGUUAAAGACU